AAUUACGUUGUUGGACUCCAGAUUAGACUUAAUAACAUUAUAUGCGUGGAAUAUAUGCAAAUCCUUGGUUUAGAAACUUGGGAGAAAUUAAAUUAGUGACAGGACAGAAGGAUGUGGCAACCACAGGUGUAAUCUGAAAUCAGCCAAAGACUAAAUAACUUGGAUCUGUCAAAAUGGUUCGAGCAUGGUAUAUGGAUUCUUCAGAAGAAGACCAAAGAUUAGAACAUCACAGAGAUCCACCUCACUUCAUUGACUUGGAUGAACUAUUUAGAACAACUGGUGUUGAAUAUUUCAAAUUGAAUCCUGAUGAUCCAGUGCAGGAUGAGAAACUGGAGAAAAUAAAACUUGACAGAAAUUACACGUAUGAAGAUCAGAUAAUAUGCUCAAAGGAAUGCCUACCAAAUUAUGAUGAAAAGCUACGCAGUUUCUUCACCGAACACCUCCAUACAGAUGAAGAAAUACGACUUGUUCUGGAAGGAUCUGGCUAUUUUGAUGUGAGGGAUGGCAAAGAUGAAUGGAUACGUAUUGAGGUUGUUCGUGGGGAUAUGAUCGUGAUUCCAUCAGGAAUAUAUCAUCGUUUCACUUUGGAUUCCAAGAACUUCAUUAAGGCUAAAAGAUUUUUCAUUGGUGAACCGGUAUGGACUCCCCAUAACAGACCAGCUGAUAAUAUGGAGUGUCGUGAGCUGUACCUGCAGAAACUAAUCAAAGGAUUUUGAGAACCGGUACAUUCAAGGUGGCUUUUACUUUUUCAAAAUGAAACAUAAUAUGUAAUGGUAAGUCUGUGUUAAGACACGUACAUAAACAUUUUGUUUUUAAUUGGGGAUUUUAUAUAUGUAAGACUGGAAGGUUGGUGCUGGACGUGUAUAAAGCAUAUAACACAGAAAUACUGCGUUGCAGAAUAUAUCUGUGAUGCUUGAGGGAAAGGAGCAAAAUGAACAAAUAACCGCACUGAACAUAAUUAGAACAUAACAUUUUG